AUGCGUGUGAAAAAGUCUGGCUCUCCGUUCAGGUAUUCAGGGCCAGGCAGACAUUUUUCCGGGAAGAUCGGUCAUUCCAAGUUUGGGCGCCAUCAGAAGGGACCACGUCAAAAGAUCUUUUUACAGAGGAAUAUCUCGAAAACCAUCGGCCAGGCUACUGGCGGGCCCAACUCGAGCGCCACUGAGGUAGGCGGGGCUGCGAAAGGUGCUGUAGCCAACGGAGCGGAGACUGCCGACAACGCUUUUACCACCUCGAGUCGGUCCGAACUUAUAGUGUUCAAGAUGCCGUCGAGAUCUAGUCCAUCUAACGGAAGCGCUCGAAAUGGGGAGCCCACGACGCGGCGAAGCAUCAGAGGCCUUCUCAAUAAACCCUACGAUGAUCCCCAGGCGGAGAUGACGCUUGAUCUCACUAACAUCAGAAAGAAACUCAACUUCGGCACUAAUUCUAUCAGCAACAAGCAGAGGAUGGCCAAACGUCAGAAACUCGACCACGUCGACUGCAGAUGUCAUCUGACCAUAUGGGACAAUCGCGGCUCCGGGGCUUCGCCACUACCACUCGUCACCAAAUCAACUUACUGUCGCUCAAUCAACAUUGACAAUGGCGUACAUGGUGAGCUCGUCAUUCUGGAACUAGAGGAACCUUUCAGAGUUCGAGCGAGCGAGAUCUAUGCUCCCGACGACCUUCGGGGCGAAUCGGCUAUGAAGCCUAUCGACAACUAUUUUCUUGAGCUCAAGAUCAUUCCAUGCGCUGCUGAGCCUCUAUGGCAUCCUGUACCAAUUCUGGGUAAGAGUGAUGGUGACCACUUUACUGCGGACAAGGACGUCCGCGAGUUGGGCUUUGGAGAACGGCAAGGCGCCAUUGUCGCCAGAUACAUGCAUCUUCCGGACGCCCCUGAGUGGAACGUCCCGCUCAGUGUAUUUUACCUGCUUGAAGGGUGCACCUACCGGACGAAAUACGGUCUCCAAGUGAAGUCCACGUGGGAGAGAGCCGAUGUCGCCAACGAAGCCACGAGCAAGUUGAGCAAAGGCCUAGACCUCGAUUCGUUUCGCUUGGCAAAACAGAAAAGGACCCGACUGCCUGUCAGGGCCAAAGAGGAACAGCCACCUCUUCCCGAAGAAGCUCCAGUCGGACUGAAAAUAUGCUAUAAACUUUCUGGGACGAUCCGGGAGCACGCAGAUGCUGGAGAGUUCCGCAACACCAUAGUCGAGGGGUACGGCUGUCCAAUAUGCCCCGAGCGGGAUUCGCACAGAUUGCAUGAAUUGCUGUCACAUUUCAAGUCAGCGCAUGAGAAAUACGAUUUCUCGCCUUCCAAACAACACCGAAAUCCGACAACAAAGAAGUUGACUCGAAUCGAGAUGAAGGUUGAUACUCUCGUGGGCAACGGAAGGAAAGAGAGCGAUGAGGCCAUUCCGCCAUAUGAGAACGGUGAUCAAGAUUUGACAGAGGGCGAAGCCCCUCUACAACCUCUCUUCAACAGUAACCGGCCUUUCGGUCUUUCGUUACCAACCAGAACGGGUCCGCGAUAUCCGCUGGCGGCGCAGGUUCCUGACUUUCGGGAACCUACCCGCAAAAAGGCCAAAGCCGUCCUCCUCCAGACAAGGUACCCGGAAAGAGAACAGGUCUGGACCUCCAGUACCCAUCGACCUAUCUCUCCAAGUGAAGACCCACAUAGUGAAACAGACGACGAAGUCGACAAUAGCUGGCAAAUUGAAGCGCAUAUGGAAAGCCUUGAUGCCGUGGCUGACAAACAGGGCUGGAGCAACAACAAGCGCGAGCUAACCAAACGCUGGGAUCGGCACCGGAUGGAAGAACGGCUCGAGCACUCACGAUAUGUGUCGAAUUCUCUGAUUCGAUUUGUCAGAAAGCAAAGAGUCUGGCUGAAGAACGGGGACGAUGAGCUGUGGCAGAUUUUCUUUGACUUUUUGGGCAGCUUGAAAGAGAGACGUGUCAUUGAUGAUAAUGUCGUGGCAGACGUGAAUGAAUUCAUUUUCCAUGAUCCUCCAUCUGAUCAAGUGGUGGAUGAAAUGGCGACACGCGAAGCGGUACUUGAUCAUGCACCGAGUGGGACAGUGGCAUCUGAGGGAGACGAGUCGUCUGGGGCGAACUCUCAAGUCCACGAUAUCUCAGGGACGGGCACGACCGGAGAGGCGGAGCCAAGCUCUCAGAGCGAUGAAGCCCAUCUACAAUUGGAAACUUCAAAGGAGGCGCCAAGUCCACCAUGUGAGCAAGCGGAGCUCGAGGAGGCAUGUGAGGAGCCUCAACACCUAAUUGCGCGGGACUUCAAAUGUGGUGCUUGUCUACUGCCGAUUAAGCGUCUGCACAUGGACACGACUUACUGCACGGUCGAAGAUUGCGGGUCGCCGGGAACUAAGUACCACAAGCGAUGUGCCUUGGGCGAGCUUCGGGUAUGGAACGAAAACAGAAUGCCUGUGCGAGGAGACCUUUCUGGUCCUCUUCCAGAGGUGGAUAAAACUGCGGAGCGGAAUCUAAAGCGCUGGGCAUGCAGGGACUGCAUUUUGAAGCGCUGGAUGAAUUAUAGAAUCGCCGGCCAUAGGGGAAGAAUGCUUGUCAAGCGGACGCAGACGGAGAAGGACCGGGAGCGAGAAAGAGGACAAGAGAAAAAGAAAAAGAAGAAGAGAGAAGAGAUGUCGCUCCUGAAAAUGGCGGCUUUGGGGUCUUGGAACAAGCGGCUAAGGGAGAGGGAGGCAGAGCAACUUGAGGCGAGUUCAAAGGGCGAGGAGGUCGUACGGGACCCGUGUCCCCAGAAUGAGAGCACAACAGAGAGUCCAGCAGAAAGUGACUCGGACUCUUCAGAUGGGUACGAGUCGGACUCUCCAAUAGAGGGGACGCUGGACGGUCCCUCUUGGAGCAGCUCGGGCAUUGCAGUUCAAGGCGGGAUUGUUAUUUCACUUGAGAACAGCAUGGAGACCUCUGUCGUGGACACUCGCGUCAUGGCCAGUGCUGAUACUCCCGUCGCAAACGAGUGGGGGCUGCCGGAUCGGGGGAGAGCGAGAAUCGCAACCAGGGACAGAUCUCGCACUCCGGCCAGGGACAGAUCCAUCAUCCCUUAUAGGAAUAGGUCGGCCACUCCGAUCAGGAAGAGGAUGGGCACUCCGAUUGCGAACAAAACGAGCCUGCCUUUGAGGAUGGGGAUGGGAAGCGCCAAGAGGCAUUCAGGUGCAAUGAGGAUGGGCAGCCCGAAGCUGAAAGCUCACAAGGGCCCGGUGGCGACGUUGAAGGCCCGGGCCAAUGCGGCUGAGAAGGCCAAGGUCGCGGCCAGAGUCCUGGCGAUCAACGAGAGGAGUGGGCCAUCGAAUCUGCGCUUUGGGUCGGUGGCGGAUUGAAGGACCAAGAUUGUCGUAAGCUAAGCGUUGGAACCUUUGGACGGAGGAGAAGGAGAAGGAUCAAGACCAGGGAGCUUAUGGAGGAGAAGCGAGGUGAGCAGCACAGUGCGAUCGAUCGAUCCUGACUGGAGUUGUCUUGUUGGUUGUUUCGCGCCUGGCCCUGCGAGCCG